CACUAGAUUCUGAAAGAAGCGCUUGUGAGUUGUAGAGAGAUAAAGAGAGAGCUUUACCAGAGUAACGGUUGAAGAAGCUAGCUGUAAUGGCGGUUGCACCAACAUCUCUCGCAUCCCCUCCUCAGUUUUCUGGACUGCGUCGAGAUCACUCUCUUUCUCUCUCAUCCACUACCUCCUUCUUCCAGCACGUCGAUUCUCACAUCCGUCUCUCCUCUUCAAGAAAAGGUUGCAGAGGAGUCGUCACCAUGGCCGGUUCCGGAAAGUUCUUCGUCGGUGGCAACUGGAAGUGUAAUGGCACAAAAGAUUCUAUCAGUAAGCUUGUCUUGGACUUGAACAAUGCAAAGUUGGAGGCUGAUGUUGAUGUUGUUGUAGCCCCUCCCUUUAUUUACAUUGACCAAGUAAAGAACUCAUUAACGGAUCGGAUUGAGAUAGCUGCUCAAAAUUCUUGGAUUGGAAAAGGUGGAGCCUUUACCGGGGAGAUCAGUGCGGAACAAUUGAAAGAUAUUGGCUGCAAAUGGGUUGUUCUUGGGCAUUCUGAGAGGAGACAUGUUAUUGGAGAAGAUGAUCAGUUUAUAGGAAAGAAGGCUGCUUAUGCCUUGAGCCAGAAUCUUGGUGUUAUAGCAUGUAUUGGUGAAUUGCUUAAAGAAAGAGAAGAAGGAAAAACUUUCAAUGUUUGUUUUCAGCAAAUGAAGGCUUUUGCAGAAGCUGUGCCCAGUUGGGAUGAUGUAGUUGUUGCAUAUGAGCCUGUAUGGGCAAUUGGAACUGGUAAAGUGGCCUCGCCCCAGCAAGCUCAGGAGGUACAUGCAGCUGUCCGCGAUUGGCUCAAAAAGAAUGUUUCAGCAGAAGUUGCUUCUAAGACACGUAUUAUCUAUGGGGGAUCUGUAAAUGGGAGCAACUGUGCUGAGCUUGCAAAGCAAGAAGAUAUUGAUGGGUUUCUUGUAGGUGGUGCUUCCUUAAAGGGUCCAGAGUUCGCGACCAUUAUCAAUUCUGUAACUUCCAAGAAGGUUGCUGCCUGAUCAUUGGUGUUGGUUUGACACACCAGGGCAAAUAAGUGGCUUAGAGAAAUAGCUUUAGGUGGAAGCAUCCCGUGACAAAUAUAUGAGCCAGUUCUGUUUGGUGGGGAUUUGAUCAUUUUCUUUCCCCUCAAUCCCAUAAAAACGUAAACUAUCCCUUAAUUUUUAUCAGACUGAUUAUUACAUCUGUUUGAACUACAGUUACCAGCGUAAUGGAAUAUAAAUUGUGUUGGUUUGCA